AUGUUGUCACAAGGAGAGAUAUUGCGAAACCCUUCUCGAACUAGAUUCCAUAGACCUUUAGUAAAAAAAGCAAAAAAGAGAACGUGGUGGUCAAACGUUUGUUGUUUGUGUACAUUUCUUAUACCCAAUUGUAUUCUAAGCUGUUUUGGGAUGAAAACAGAUGAAGUGCGAAAUGCAUGGCGAGAGAAGGUAGCAUUAUGCAUGUGUAUCGGACUUUGUUGUAGUGCCCUAACUUUUUUAACAUAUGGAAUGUCAACCCUUGUUUGUAGAGGUAGUAAUCAAUAUGUCUUUGGAAAUAUAGAUAGUAAAAAAAUAGGAAAUAUUGUUAUUACAAAUGGAAGCAUUUAUAAAACUAAAGACCGUGGCUUUAAUCCAAAAUUAAUUUAUACUGGAACUUUUAAAAAUAAAAGUGAAGCUUGUAAGCGAGCCUUUGGAAAGCAACUCCUUAACGGUAAGAAAAGUCUUGAUAAAUUGCAACGAAUAGCACCGAUAUGUUUUGAUUAUUCAUACAUCGUCAAAAAAAACUUUUUAGUAAUUGACAAUAAAGUGUAUGACCCAAGUUUAUGUAAAGAAAAAACGUUUGAUAAAUUUAAAGCAAAGUAUUCCGGAGGAGAAGCUAAACAAGACUAUUUGUCUACAGAUGAAUUUCAGUGCUUUAAAGAUACAUUUUUUACCGGAGAAGUUGCAACUAAAACUAAAGGGUGCUAUCUUGCAGAUACAAUUUUAUACAUCACUACAGUUAUAAUUUUUAGUUUAAUUAUUGCAAAAUUCGUUCUCGCUACAAUUUAUUCGUGGCAUAUGAAAAAAAAAAUAAAUAAUUUUCCUGGUGUUACACCAUCAAUAUUAUUAGUGACAUGUUAUAGUGAGGAUAAAGAAGGAAUUAAAAAAACUUUAGACAGUCUUUGCAAACAGGAUUAUGACUAUGACAAUAAGUUAAUUGUAGUUAUAGCAGAUGGUGAAAUUACCGGCUCUGAUAAUGAUAAGAGCACACCCGAGGUUAUUUUAAGUUUAAUUGAAACUGAUAACUCUGAAGUUUUACCUAAAUCAUAUGUUUCUCUAAUGCCUGGGACUAAAAGACUUAACAGAGCAAUGGUGUAUUCAGGAUAUUAUAAGGUUCAAGGAGAAAAUAAUUUGCUAACUAGAGAUGAGUCAAUGAAAUGUAGAAUUAUAUUUAUAAGAAAAUGCGGAAAUGCUUGCGAAACAUUUAAAGCAGGUAAUAGAGGUAAAAGAGAUAGUCAAGUUAUACUAAUGUCUUUUUUUUCAAAACUAAUUUACAACGAUAGACUGUCAGAACUAGAUUUCGAAUUAUAUAACAAAAUGAAAAUAUUAAUGCCACACAUUGAUCCUGUAGAUUUCGAAUGCAUUUUGAUGGUAGAUGCUGACACUAUAGUCAAACCUGAUGCUUUGACUAAAAUGAUAGCUGUAUUUGAGACAGAUCCAAAAGUUAUAGGCAUUUGUGGCGAAACAAUGAUUUUAAAUAAAUGUGAAAGCUGGGUAAGCAUGAUACAAGUAUUUGAAUAUUAUAUUAGUCACCAUCUUAGUAAAACUUUCGAAUCAGUUUUUGGAGGAGUAACAUGUUUACCAGGAUGUUUCUGUAUGUACAGAAUUAAAAUUAUAACAGAUGAAUAUGGCAGCGUUGUUACAGGUCAUCGUGUCAAUGCAAAAAAAAUAUUUGAUAAUGAAGAAAAUGAGAAAAAUUGUUUACCUAUACUAGCUAAUCCUUUUAUUAUAAAUUCAUAUUCUGUUUAUGAAGCUAAGACACUUCAUCAGAAGAAUCUGUUGCAUUUGGGAGAAGACAGAUAUUUAACCACCUUACUUUUAAAAAAUUUUUUUAAAAGAAAGCUAAUAUUUGUACCACAAGCCAAAUGCGAAACAUAUGUACCUGGAGAGUUUAAAGUUUUACUAAGUCAAAGAAGAAGAUGGAUUAAUUCUACCAUACACAAUUUAUUUGAAUUGGCCAUGGUUGAUAAAUUGUGCGGUGUUUUUUGUUGCUCAAUGCGAUUUGUUGUUGUUGUUGAAUUGUUUGGUACGCUCGUUUUACCGGCUGCUAUUUUAUUUACUGGCGUCUUAAUUGUGACAUCAAUAUUAUAUGUUCCCGCUUGGAUACCUAUAAUUAUGUUGUUUGCCAUCUUUCUAUUACCUGCAGUAUUGAUCUUUAUAACUACAUUUCAGAUCAGUUAUAUUUUCUGGCUAUUUGUUUACUUAUGCUCUAUUUUUAUCUGGAACUUUGUAUUACCUGUAUACGCUUUUUGGCAUAUGGAUGACUUUUCAUGGGGUGAUACAAGAAAAAUAGAUGGAUCAGAUGAUGAUGAGGAAUUAAUAGAAAAUGAUCAACAAAAGAUAAUACUAAAAGAAUUAGAAGAUUUUAAACAAGUGAGAGAAUCAAAUUAA